AUGAGCAACCAUCCGCGGCGGAGUGCCCGACUAUCAUCACAUCUACAGCCAGAGCAAUUCCAGCAAAGAAGCAGUGGCCGUUCUCCUUCUAGCCUUCCGAAUAACUAUUCGCAGCCUUCAAGUGCCUCGACGAGUUCUCACCCAAGUCCUGUCAGUGACACUCUACAGCCUCCGCCACCUCCUCCUACUCCUCAACACCCACAGCAUCGCAUUCAGAUACAAUCACACUUCAUGUCUCACCAACAGCAAGGGCACCCUCAUAUUCACGCUCCGUUGCCUUCGCCUUCAGCCGCGCACAUGGGACCAUUUUUUGGUGGGCACUAUUCGCAACCGAACUCAUACGCAGCGCAGCCAAUGCACCAGGGUUAUCAAGGGCAACAGACAUUUGGCGACCAGCAAUCCCAAGUGCAUCAACAAGAGCAACAUCAUCAUCUACAUCCACACUCGAAUUCGAUGUCCAAGGAGCAUCCCGCAUACCCGCAGACGAUGGGCGCCGGGCAGUUGCCGCCUGACUUUCUGGCCGAGGCAGCAAAACGUGCACAGAUGGCUUGCUUGAUGCGAGACUUGGGUGAUGUUACGCUUUAG